UAAGUCAAACUGAACACAAGGAGCUUCUAUUCAAAAAAAGCUUGAUAACAAAUUCGAAAAAAUUUUCAUAUAACUCUCAACAUUCUCAACUACUCUACAGUGGACAUCUGGUGGCCAUGAAGGAAACUUUUUAUCGAGAAUUUAUUCCUUUUCAAUCAGUUGUUAAAAUUGAAAAAACAUUAUGUUUGUCAUUAUUGAUGAUCUGUGAUCUGGUCUAUGGAGGCAUCAAUGAGCGCCACUUGAUCAACCACCUUCUAAACAAUUAUAAUCCAUUAGAACGGCCAGUAGAAAAUGAGAAUGACACAUUAAAUGUUAUAUUCGGCAUUACAUUACAACAAAUAAUCGAUGUUGAUGAGAAGAAUCAGAUAUUAAUUUCAAAUCUAUGGUUGAAAUUCCAAUGGGUAGACAUAAAUCUUCGCUGGAAUCCAGAAGAAUAUGGUGGCGUUGAAACUCUACGUAUAAUGACCGAUCGUAUUUGGAUACCGGAUGUAUUAAUGUAUAAUAGUGCUGACGAAAGAUUCGAUAGUACAUUUCGCACCAAUGUUGUUGUCAACUAUACUGGAGGAUGUUUGUAUGUACCACCGGGUGUAUUUAAAAGUACUUGUCGUAUAGAUAUUACAUGGUUUCCAUUUGAUGAUCAACGUUGUGAACUUAAAUUUGGAUCCUGGACGUAUGAUGGGUUACAAGUGGAUUUGUUGCCGGAAAAUGUCUCAGCCGAUACGUCUGAUUAUCAAGUAAAUAGCGAAUGGGUACUUGUUGAUGUUCCAUCGAUUCGAACAUCACAAUAUUAUGAAUGCUGUCCUGGACCAUUUGUUGACAUAAAAUUUAUUAUACACAUCAAACGCCGUACGCUGUAUUAUGGCUUCAAUUUAAUAAUACCUUGUAUAAUAUUGUCUUCGAUGACAUUAUUAAGUUUUUCAUCACCACCAGAAUCAGGUGAAAAAUUGCACCUAGGUGUAACCAUUCUGCUUUCGAUGACUGUAUUUCUCGUUCAAUUGAGCAAAAUUUUGCCUGCCACUUCGGAUUCUAUAUCAAUCAUCGCUUUGUAUUUUGGAUCGAUCAUGGUCAUGGUUGCUGUAUCAGUUGUGAUGACUGUUGUUGUGCUCAACUUUCAUCAUCGUUCAUCAGAAACAAAAGAAAUGGGACCUAAACUACGAAAAUUUUUACUGGAUUGGUUGCCACGUUUGUUGGGCAUGGAUCGACCAGGCAUCAAGCCACCAAAACAGUGUAUACUGAAAAAAGUCUCAUCUACACAAAAAUUAGUGGCUGCAUUAGGAUGCGCUGUUGUUCCACACGAUAAUGACAACAACAUUCAUAAGCAAAAUUUUGCUACGGAAAAUCCUGAUUUAAAUUUUGCCGCUGCUGAUGAAGUAAUGCUCAUGAUGCAGACAACUGGUCUGACUGGCAAUGCUAAUUUAACAUGCAAUUCGAUUCCUAAACUCAAUAGUCCACCAACUGUUGUUCCAUUAGAUUGCGAUGAUGACCGAAUUCCUCAUCAAAUCGAGAACGUUACUAACAAUGCUGACCAUAGAUAUCUUUUUCAUCCAAAUUUAUACAUGGAAUCAGCAGACGACGUUCUCCAUGAACAUGAAUCCAACUGCCUUUUUUUACAGCGAACCAAUGAUUCAGUCGAUAAGUCAACAUCGAAUAACCAUCAUCAUAAUAAUUUGCCUCUAGUCAAUAACAGCGAUUCAAUUGAUUUGACAAAAACAGACGAUUUAUUUAGCUGUCGCGAUGAUACUCGCGUCGAAGAUGAUGGCCCCGGUUCUGAAGAUUGUCUAUUGGACGAGGAUCUCGAUGUAGAAGUAUCGAUUGCAAUGACUGGGUCUAGAACUCGUCUAAUAAACAAUAAAAAAGAUGGCCUCAAUAAAAUUAAUGAAUCUCGUAACAAUUUAACGGAUAAAGGUGGCCAUAAUGUGGAUGAUGAUGAUAAUGAUGAUGAUGAUGAUGAUGGCGAACAGGAUGAAAGCCAUAAUGAAAUCGAUCCAGAACAUUAUGGCCUACAUCAAUAUAUGAGCAUGAAACGUCGACAUAAAUUACUAGAAAUAUUGAUCGAAAUGCGUUUUAUUACAGAUCGUCUGCGUGAAGAAGAUCAAAUCAAAGAGCUGAUUGCCGAAUGGCGUUAUGGUGCAACGGUUCUUGAUCGUCUUUGUCUUAUAUUGUUUACUUUGUUUACCUUAUUAUCAUUGGCCAUAUGUCUCAUUUCUGCUCCUCAGUUGAUUGUUUAGCCAAAUAAUAUUCUUUUCUAAAUAUUGUAUCUGAUUGUUUCAAUUUUCCGUUACACAAAAACGUACAAUAUAUAUGAUAUUCUAACUUUAAAAUAAAGUAUUUACAUUUAUCAUCUAUCUAAUGUUUUUUCCAAUAUUUUGAGCAGACAUUUUUAUAUUCUAUAAUGGCCAUUUUGAUUGAGCUUUUUUGGAAGAGGAUAUCCUAAUGUUUAGGAAACAAUCUUGUAUCAUUUUGUUGUUGUUUUUUUUUCUAGAGAUCAGUACCUAAUUGACAUUACAUUGUAGCAGA